AUGUCUGUGCCCUCGGCCCAUGAGUUUCACUGGCAGAGCCUGGCACGGCUGCCCAGCGGGCGUGUCUACCACUCCCUGGCGGAGGUGGGGGGGCAGAUGUACAUGCUGGGGGGCUGUGAUGCUGCAGGGAGGCCCUCCCCAGCCCUAGAACUCUACUCUCCAGAGGGGGAUCGGUGGCUGAGCCUUCCCCCCAUGCCCACCCCUCGGGCGGGUACGGCCGUGGCGGUGCUGGGCAAGCAGAUCCUGGUGGUGGGCGGUGUAGGGGAUGACCAGCGCCCUCUGAAGGUAGUAGAGGUGUACAACACAGAGGAGGGGAGGUGGAGGAAGAGGAGCGCCCUCAGAGAAGCACUGAUGGGGGUGGCCAUCAUUGUGAAAGAUGGACGUGCGUUGGCUGUAGGGGGUAUGGGUGCAGACCUGCUCCCCCGUAGUAUACUGCAGCAGUAUGACAUGAGGAAGGACGUGUGGGCACUACUGCCCCCUAUGCCCACACCGCGGUAUGACGCUACCGCACACCUGCUGGGCAACAAGAUCUACGUGGCAGGUGGGCGUCAGUGUAAACGCACGUUGAAGGUCUUCGAGGUAUACGACUCAGAGACACGCUCCUGGACUACACUACCCAACAUGCCGUGCAAACGUUCGUACGGGGGCAUGUUCUGGGACAGUUCGGGGAGGCUGUGUCUGCUGGGGGGGCUGAGGAAGGGAGGAGGCCACCAGAGCUCCAAAUUCACCAAGAACGUCAACAUCUUUGAUACUAACCAGGGGUCAUGGCUGAAGUCAGAGGACACGGUGGCCAUGAAGACUAAGAGGGCUGACUUCGCCUCAGCUUUCCUCAGGGGCAGGAUGGUUGUAGCAGGAGGACUUGGUCACCAACCCUCAGUUCUCGACACGGUGGAAGCCUUCCACCCUCAGAAGAGGAAGUGGGAGAGACUGGUUCCUAUGGCAAUGCCACGAUGCUCCGCCUCCUCCAUCGUCAUCAGGGACCGCCUGCUGGUGGUUGGAGGAGUUAACCAGGUCCCUAGUUCAGCCCAUGAGAUCCUGUACGUGAAAGAGGAGGAGUGUCUGUAG